AUGUCUUCCAAUAAGAGAAAACCCACUGACAAAAGCAAAACAAGAAAAAAAUACAAAUUUGCUUCUUCUUCAAUUGAUCCAGGCACUAUAGGCUGUUAUGCUACUUGUCAACGAAACAAAGAACCUGUCUGCAGAAAAGAAUUGUUAGAUCUUUUUGCUGAAAAAUUCCUCCAGUUUUAUCCUGCAACAGAUGACUCAUCUCUUAUCAUCUCUCCCUCACCCACUGCCGAAUCUCUAUCGAUUGAGGACUCAAUCAAAAAUGAGUUAAAACUCUUAAAUCCCCCAAAAAAUACAAAUCACAAUUCCACUACUGCCACGUCUGUUUCAAAUUCAAAUUCAAAUCUAAAUCCAAACCCAAACCCAAACCCAAUUUCAACUAUUAACCUUGAAUGUGAUUGCUUGAAUUUUUUCAAAUUUAAAAAGCCCAUAAUCCCUACUGAAUUUAUUGAAAAAAUUUGCAAUGAACUCUUUCAAAAUAAUGAUUUCAAAAAAACUAAGUACACUUUUAAAUUAAUCCCAAUGGACUAUUCUUGCUCUGCAUCUUUACCUGAAAUCAAAAAAUUAAUUUCCAUUGCUUUGGAUCCUGUUUUCAAUUCAUCUUCGUCUUUAUCUCCAAUUUCCUAUAAUUACACAAUCCAAUUCGAAAAGAGAAAUUUUAAUUUGUUUUCAAGAGAUGAUUUAACAAAUCUAAUCAAUGACCAUAUAUCAACCUCGUCAUCAUUAAACCAUAAUUUUGUUUGGAAAAAUUAUGAUAAAACAAUUAUCGUUUCUGCUUUCAAAAAUAAUUUUGGUCUAGCCGUUGUAAAUAACUACUCAAAACUAUCAAAAUUCAAUUUACAACAAAUUUUUCUUAAAUCACAAUCAAAAGAAACUUAG